UAGCCGUCGCGUCCGCAGCACCUUGCCUGCCUGGCUGCCUGCAAUGCCCUUGGAUACUGCAGUCCCUCUCAUCUCUACACAACUUACAUUAUUCUGAACGCGAGAAUAAUAGCUGGAAAAUACUUCAGGACAGGACAAGGGAUACUGGAUUUAUAUUACAGUGUGACGGCGUUCAGUGUCUUUAUUUCUGUGAGCCUGUAUGGGGCGAAUGGAGAGGAGGGUGCAUCGAUAAUUGAGGGAGCAGAGCAGGAAUUGCUGCCUGCUGCAGAAAACCUGACGGCUCGGUGGAUUUUGAUUUGUUGCUGGGACCAGCAGUCGGGCGCGGGGUUGCGGGUCAUAUCAAAGGAUUUCGCCAGACAGAGCGCUUCUACUUUUUGAGACCCGAGUUCUAAAAAACCGUCUUGCAUGGAUACAACAUCAUGGCUACGUUUGUAUGCAGGGUACAGUUCUUAGAUGAUACUGAUCCAUUCAACAGCACCAGUUUUCCUGAGCCGACCAGACCCCCUCAGUACACUUUCAGAGAAGAUAUCCCCCUUAUCAAUCAGAUUGCUGGAGUCCACAGGCUUCUCAAAGCCCCACACAAACUUGAUGACUGUUCCCUCCAGCUCUCCCAAAAUGGGAGCUACCUGGACUUGGAGUCUACCCUGGCAGAACAGAGAGAUGAACUCGAGGGAUUUCAGGAGGGAGGAAGAGGCAAGAAGCACAGCAUCAUCCUCCGGACACAGUUAUCUGUCAGAGUUCAUGCUUGUAUCGAGAAACUCUACAACUCAAAUGGACGAGAGCUGAGGAGAGCCCUGUUUUCCCUCAAGCAGAUCUUUCAGGAUGACAAGGACCUGGUCCAUGAGUUUGUGGUGUCUGAAGGACUGACAUGUCUAAUCAAGGUUGGGGCUGAAGCGGACCAGAACUACCAGAAUUACAUCCUCAGAGCUCUGGGACAGAUCAUGCUGUAUGUGGAUGGAAUGAACGGCCUCAUAAGUCACAACGAUACCGUCCAAUGGCUUUACACACUCGUUGGAUCCAAGUUCCGUCUGGUAGUGAAGACAGCUCUGAAACUGUUACUGGUGUUUGUGGAGUACACUGAGCCCAACGCUGCCCUGCUCAUCCAGGCUGUCAACACCGUGGACACCAAGAGAGGCUGUAAGCUGUGGUCCAAUGCCAUGGAGAUUCUGGAGGAGAAGGAUGGGGUGGACACAGAGCUGCUGGUAUAUGCCAUGAGCCUCAUCAACAAGACCCUAGCAGGCCUGCCUGACCAGGACUCAUUCUAUGACGUGGUGGACUGUUUGGAGGAGCAGGGCAUCGAGGCCAUGUCUCAGAGACACCGCAGUAGGAAGGGAACAGACCUGGACCUCAUGGAGCAGUUUAACAUCUACGAGACUGCUCUGCGCCACGAGGAUGGAGACGACGAGAGCCAGGCGCCUACCGUGGGUCGGAAGAACCGGCGGCGUGCUAGCGUGGGGGGCACCAACGACCGGCGAGGCCUGGAGAGGAGACGCAGCCGGAGACACUCCCUCCAGAACGGGAGAGGCCCCGCCUCGGCCCCCGCUUCCCCCAGCAGCCCCCACUUUCACGGGGGACACAACGGUAGCUUCCUGCCCUUCGGAGGCCAGGGCAUCGACGACGUCAGCGAAAGCCGACACAUAGGCCACGUCAUGGCGCUCCCUGGCAGGUCCCAGGGUGUAGCCAGCUCCAGCGUCAGCGCCCCCACCACCCCUGUACACCGCUCCCAGGGUGUUGCCAGCGCCCCCACCACCCCUGUACACCGCACCUUCGCCACCUCAGGGGCCCCACAACUGGACUCCAAGCCUGACAGACCUUCUCUGGGGAGCUUGUUGUCCUCCUCUUACAGACAACACCAGGAGUCUCUGACUGCAGAGAGAGAGAGGAGGAGACAAGAGAGGGAGGAACGACUGCAGAAGAUCGAGAGGGAGGAGAGGAAACGCUUCAAUCGGGAUUACAUGGACAAGAGGGAAGAGACAAGACAGGCCAGAGAAGAGAGAUAUAAGUGCGUUGAGAGGCUCGCAGCAGAGGAGCAUGAGAAAGAGAGAGAGCGCAUGAGAGCGCCGCCUAGGGGGCGCACAGAGAUCACCCUGAGCCUGAGCCCCACCCCCUCCAGUCACUCCGCCUCCCCCCGCUGUGUCAAGCCCUCCUCCAUCGCCUCUCCGGAAGACACUGGCACCACUCCAUCCCAGACGCAGGGAAGUGAAGUAGACGUAGAGCCAAGCCGUGACCUUCAGACCAGAACUACAAGUCCAGUGCCAGAGUUAAUAGUAUCAGGACCUUCUCCAGAACCCACAGAGCCCCCCUCCCAAACUCACUCGGCGCCAGGCGAGGAGCAGACGGAGACAGAGACGCAGAAAGAGAAGCAGGAAGUAGUUGAAGUUGAGCCCAAGCAGGAAGUACUAGAGCUAGUGGAGUCAGCGGUAGAUGAACAGACACAGGGUAAAGAGGAGGAAGAAAGUGAGGAGGAGGAGGAGAAGGGUAAGGAGGAAGAGAGACAGUCAGGAAUUGAGGUGGAGAGAAAAGAGGUAGAAGAGGUGGAGAGAGAAGAGGAGGAGGGAGAGAGGGAGGUGGAGGAGAGACUGGUCCUCCUCAGUGAGAAGGAGAGACAGAACGAGGAAGUGAAUGAGAAGGACAACUGUUCUGCCUCCAGUAUCUCCUCAGCCAGUAGCACUCUGGAGAGAGAGGAGAGGGAGGAGAAAGUCAACAACAACCAUGAACCAGGCCAGUGCAUUAAGGAGGACGACGUGAACGAGCAGUGCAGCAAGAUCCUCAACAGCAAGCGCUUCAUGCUGGACAUGCUCUAUGCCCAGAACAAAACCACUGGGGGCAAGGACGAAGAGAAGGCAGGAGAGACGGAACAGACGGAGAAAUGCAAAGAGGGGAUGGAGACGUCAUCACUGGAGGGUCAGGACGGGUCGUCGGUGGCCAGCCUGGCAAGUCGUAUCUCUACACUGGAGGCCAGCAGGCAGGCCUGCGAGGAGAACGUCAAGAAGAUAGAGGUCCAACACCUGGACAACCAGGGUAGCGUCAGGGCUGUGGCCGAGAAAUUUGGAGACCUGGUUAAAAGCCUUGUGUCGCCUCAUGAGCUGGAGGCAUUGGAGAAGCAGCAGCAGGGUCAGCUUCAACCUGAUAAAGACAAAGCUCCUCCGGCCCCCUCCUCCUCACCCCUACCUCCUAAGAAGGAGUCAGACUAUAUCUGGGACCAGCUGAUGGCAGCCCCCAGGGAGCUGCGUAUUAAAGAGAUGGACUUCACAGACCUGGCAGACGAGGAUGACCUGGACAUCCUAGACGUGGACAGUGUGCUGAUGGGCUCCAGUGACCUGAUGAUUCCUCCCCCUCCUCCCUGUCUCUCCGCCCUGCCCCCUCCCCCUCCCCCUCCCCUGGGCCUGUUCGGCUGCCCCCCACCCCCUCCUGUCCCUGGCAUGAUGCCCCCUUCCCCACCCUUCAUGCCCCCCGGCCCCGCCCAGCCCUACCCGGGGUCUCCCCAGCUGAGCCGAGGGACAGGGGAGCCCCCUCUGUUCCAGAAGAAGAAGAAGACUAUCCGUCUGUUCUGGAACGAGGUGAGGCCCAUGGACGGCCAGUACAGGAACCACAAGCGUUGUAGAGAGUCACUCUGGUCCAAACUGGAGCCGGUCAAAGUGGACACGUCCAAGCUGGAACACCUGUUUGAAACAAAGUCCAAGGAGCUACCUGUUACCAAGAAAACAGCAGUGGAUGGGAAACGACAAGAGAUUAUUGUCCUGGACUCCAAACGGAGCAAUGCCAUCAACAUCGGGCUGACCGUCCUCCCCCCUCCCCGCACCAUCAAGACAGCCAUCCUCAACUUUGACGAGUACGCUUUGAACAAGGAGGGGAUCGAGAAAAUCCUGACGAUGAUCCCAACGGAGGAGGAGAAGCAGAAGAUCCAGGAUGCUCAGCUGGUGAACCCUGAAGUCCCCCUGGGGUCAGCAGAACAGUUCCUCCUCACCCUGUCCUCCAUCACGGAGCUGUCCGCCCGGCUGCAGCUCUGGGCCUUCAAGAUGGACUACGAGGUCAUGGAGAAGGAAGUGGCAGAGCCGCUGCAGGACCUUAAGGAAGGGAUGGACCAACUGGAGAAGAACAAGACGCUGCGUUACAUCCUGUCCACUCUGCUGGCUAUAGGCAACUUCCUCAACGGAUCCAACGCGAAGGGCUUUGAGCUGGGUUACCUGGAGAAGGUUCCGGAGGUAAAGGACACGGUUCAUAAACAGUCUCUACUGCACCAUGCCUGUUCCAUAGUGGUGGAGAAGUUUCCAGACAGCUCAGACCUCUACUCAGAGAUAGGAGCCAUCACCCGCUCGGCUAAGGUGGACUUCGACCAGCUCCAAGACAACCUGAGCCAGAUGGAGCGACGCUGCAAAGCAUCGUGGGACCACCUCAAGGUCAUCGCCAAGCACGAGAUGAAGCCUGCGCUCAAACAGAAGAUGUCCGACUUCCUAAAGGACUGUGCAGAGAGAAUCAUCAUCCUGAAGAUCGUCCAUCGGAGAAUUAUCAACCGGUUCCAUGCCUUCCUGUUGUUCCUGGGCCAUCCAGCCUACGCUGUGCGGGAGGUCAGCAUCCACCGCUUCAGUAAGAUCCUCAGUGAGUUUGCCCUGGAGUACCGGACCACGCGGGAACGCGUCCUGCAGCAGAAACAGAAGAGGGCCAACCACAGAGAGAGGAACAAGACCAGAGGAAAGAUGAUCACAGAUGAUGGAAAGUUUGGCGGUAGCGCCCCGGGGCCUGUAAGCCAGGAGGGUGUGCUGCCGCAGGGUCUGCAGUAUGCAGAGGAUGCAGCAGAGCAUGAGAACAUGAAGGCAGUGCUGAAGAGCAGCUUGCAGGGCUGCAGUGAGAGUGGAGCAUCCACCGUGCCUGGUCUACGCACACGCACCAGAGCCAGCAGACCAGGCCGUGUGGGUCCAUGGGGCUCAUCAGUGAUCGAUGACCCACCCAAUUGCACAGAGACAGACGCUGCAGACGAGAUCAUGGAGCGCAUCGUCAGGUCAGCCACUCAGGGGCCCAGGACACGGAUAGAGCCUCGCGAGAGGAAGAGGUCCAGAGCCAACCGCAAGUCACUGAGAAGAACACUGAAAACCGGUCUGACGCCAGAGGAGGCCAAUGCCUUGGGGUUGUCCAGUGGUUCAGAGAUGGCUGUGUGACAGGAAGAGAAGUAGAGCUGGAUCCAGCAGCCCAGCACACACAGAGACCUGGGAAACCCUCUUACUGCCCCGCCCUUCACUGACCCCUGACCUCUAACCCCUGCUCAACCAGCCAGCCAGUCCACUGCUGCACCAUCGCUUAGCUUGGUCUUUCCCCUGGUUCAGCUUUAUGAUGACUGUAGCUCACCUUUCUGUCUGUGGUUUGUGCAGGUAGCUGUGACACAGUGUGCCACCUGGUUAAGAUGGUAGACAAUUGUCAGGAAGAGACCAUGAGGAUUAUGGUCCUCAUCCAGGUUAAUAGAUGGUUUUCAGUGGGCAAAGUGGUAUUGGUAUAGGGGCAGUUAAAGGGGUUCAGUGAUCCAGAUGACCCAGCUCCACACACACUCAGGUAGAGUUCAGCAUCCCAACCACUACACUAUGCUGCUGUGCCGACAUGAGUGUUUCAUGUUGUUCCUAUCAGUUGUUUCUCCUAACGUUUGAAUACGAGGCUGAGGUCUUUGAGGAACAUCUCCCAUCCCAAAUGUAAGUCUUAAUCACUUGAUGAAGCUCAUAGUGACCACAUGACUAGCGGUGAAUCUCAGUUGUAUUUCCUUGAUUCCUUGUGUCUUCUAUCCUCACCUCUGUCUAUACAAGGCAUUGGAGGACUAGAUCUGAGGUUCCUCCUCCCUAACCUUUUUCUCAAUUGAGAUUCACCCUGUGACUGAAAGAUACAAAUUGAGACUUACCCACACAGAAGACCUUUAGCCUCAGGACUUCUGAAGCACACAUGAGUGCUUUAAUCACUGUGGACUUGUGUCUGAACCCAAAAGGCCUCGGAGUUGAAUAGUAAAGAAGUUAGCAUUGAUGCUAAAUAAGUUAGCAUUGAUGCUAAAGACGUUAGCAUUGAUGUUAAAGACGUUAGCAUUGAUGUUAAAGACGUUAGCAUUGAUGCUAUCUAUCCCCACUAAUGAUGAGCAUUUGUUUAUAUAGAAAUGGCUGUGUCCACAGGCUGUUUUGUUCUACUAUACUACUGUGGUCGUUUUUGGGGGUUUUAAAAUACUUUAAUGCGUGAGAAGAAGGUGCUCAGAGAAGGAAUAUUUGCACUGGAUGUAGAAGUUGGAUAUUUAGAGGAAAGGAAUGUGAAAUCCUUGACACACACUGAUGUACCACUCAGAUAUAUGAAUUUUAAAAAUACACCAGAUAGAACCAGCAAUGAAACAGUAGCACAGUUGAUUAUACCAUCUAAUUUCUGAGGAAAGGUGAACAGAUUCCAUUGACUUUUGCAAACAAAAAUGUGUCACAUAUGUUGCAUGUUGUUGAUUAAGUUGGAUUUUACGCAGAUGGAACAAACUGGAAUUCCAAGAGGACACGCCAUGAUGUGUUGAGGGAAAGUAUAAUUUGCUACAUACAAUUUAAUUACUCUAUUCCACUUUUAAAAAACACAUAACAUAUCAGUCAUCAACUUUGGUGAGAACAGUCUGUGAGUUGACAAGUGUACAGAAGGGACGAUGCUACUGGGUCCAGACAGACCGAUGUCUGUCAAUCACGCGUAGCGAAUGUUACAGCUUUAACCUAUAGGCCUACCUACAACAUACAUGUUCAAGCUUUAGCCUCUAGGCCUGCCUAGUACCUACAAUUACACGUGUUGCAUGCAUGACACCAGUGUUACGCAAGCUCUUGCUGUUGUUUGCUGCAGGACAUUUCUUCUAUGCUUGAAACAUACUUAUUGUAGGGUGUUAGAUCUGACAGGGAGAUAUAUUUACACUAGUUACAUGUACAUACUCUCUCUUUAAGCAACAUUUAAGAAUAGAAAAAAAGUAAGAGAUUAAUAAUUGGUUAUUCUAGAAAAACUUAAUGAGCUUCAACUGAAUGAGUGCCUUUUAUAGACAAGUCUAUUUAUUCAGUCAUGUUCAGGGAGAUAUUUGUUACAGAAAACAUUACUGUGUGUAAUGAAAGUACUUCCUCCAUAGGUCAAUUCAACAGCUGUGACUUCCUGUUUUUAUUCGUUCCUAGAUUAAUACAUUUCAGUACUAUGUUCCAUGGCUUGAUGUCCUGGAAACAUUUAUCUUCCAUUUGACAACUAAACUAGAGUUAUAGCUGAGUGUCUAGAGACAAUAUUUCAAUUUUAGCAGUUUUGUCACAAAAAAAGGUUGUACAAAAAGAUAUUAGUUGUUUCCAUUUGCCUUAAUUUAAAAUUAGGGCAUAUACUAUAUCUGAACUUUCCUACACUGUUGACUUUUAUUGAGGUAUAGUGGUUGUAGUCAGCUAGCUAGCUAGUUUUUUAAAGUGCAUAAUUCCAGUUUACAUUUGGAAUUGUGUAGAGAGUUUCUACACAGUAACAAACAUUCACUGUGAUGGAAACAUAGCCAUUGUCGACUAAACAUGAAAGAAUAUAUGCUUGCAGCAACACAAACCACGCCACAACAUAACAGUCACACACCUAUGUCUUUCUCAUGGAGAACUUACAAUUUGGUAUGAAACUAUCCAGCACCUUAUACACCAUUUGUAGCAUGCGUCUUUUAUUGAGGAAAACCAGAACAUUAACAAAGUGAGAAAGUAUAUUCUUUCAGCCUUUUUCUCAGAUGGUAAUUUUGAGUAUUGUAAAAUUAAAAAUUAAAAAAACUCAAUGUACAUGUAAAGUAAUAAUGGGGGAAGAAUGCUGUAAAAUGAUGUAAAUGUCACAACGAUGUGUUUUAUGUCUUUCAUUUGUUGGUAUUUUGUAUAGAAUAGUGUAUUAUGUUGUUUUUUUUAAAGCAGUGUUAUUCUAUGGAAAUUGUAAUUUAAGUGAAAACCAAGCCAUGCAUGGUUAAAAAAAAAAAUUCUACAGAUGUGGUGUGUCACGUUAUGUUAGCGAUAAAAGGAGAUUCAUUUGAUUUGAAUGCUCAGAGGCUUAGCGUUUAUGUUUUAUUGUUUUAACUCUGCACAUGACUUGAAACACAUUAGGAUAGACGGAGUGAUCGAUGUAACCACCUAGGGCUGGAUUCAAUCUGUAUCGCUGAAGUUCAGCGUUAUAGCGUGAUUGAAAUGUAAAGCCAAUGUUCCAGCAUUAGCGUAGACUGCAUUCAUGGUAAACGCUGCAUAUGUCGGCUCAAUCUGAAAUAUUGGAAUAUAUGGAACCUUCAGCAGCCUUUGAUUCCAUCGCAUGCAAUAAAACAUGGCUGUGUGUCCCAAAUGGCACCCUAUUCCCUAUAUAGUGCACUACUUUUUACCAGGGCCCAGAGUCCAAAAGUAGUGCACUGUGUAGGGAACAGGGUGCCAUUUGGGAUGCAACCCAUGUUGUCUCUGAUUGGAUAUAUUAGUUCCUUUUCAUCCACUGCUGUACCAUAACAAGUCAGUGUGGGACUUGGACACAAGCACAUCCACACUUUGUGAGCUUUUCUUGCGUCUUUGCCCUCCUCCAACAAAAACUGUAUGUAUUAAAAUCUUGCAAUAAAAAGGCUUUUAAGAAA